AUGGCGGGUAAUGAUACCAUAAACAAUACCUCAGACUACUGCUUGCUGUUUCCAGGGACGCCACAAUACUGUGAUAUUUUAAUAUAUUCAAGAGGCAUCGCGGGAGGUCUUUCCCUCAUUGGAAGUUCGUUUGUUUUAUCGAUAUCUUGGCUGUUCCGGAAGUAUGCGGCAUUUGUCCAGAGGAUGGUUAUCUAUUUGAGCGUGUCUGCUUUUUUCCAUGCCAUUUCCUUUAUGAUGGGAGGUGUGUAUCCGUUGGGUCCAGCCUGUGUGUUAAAAGGAUUCUGGAUUACAUAUUUUCACUGGGCGGUAUUACUUUGGGACGUGCACAUUACAUGUAAUCUCUACCAAAAUGUCGUCAAGAUGAAAUCAUUGGAGAAGUUCGAAAAAAUAUUCUGCCUGAACUGCUGGGGAAUUCCUUUUGUGAUAGCAUUGGUUCCUCUCAUAGCGGGGCGGUAUGGUCCAGCAGGGGCAUGGUGCUGGAUUGUUGACGCGUGGGAUUUGGAGCGGCUGUUUCUCUGGUACAUCCCGCUUUUUCUUGGUAUAUUUUUUAUGACAAUUGUUUACCUAUAUAUAGUCUACACACUAAAGAGGAAGGCAUCAACAUGGCAUGGUACCUAUGACCCGGAUAUGGAACAGAAAAAAGCACAGAUGCGUAACGAUAUUACUGCCCUGCGUUUUUACCCUUUGGUGUAUUUAGUGAUCAAUAUAAUUCCACUCAUAAAUAGGAUACAGAAUGCAAUACAUGAAGAUAAACCUGUAUUUGGAUUGAUCCUCGGUCAGAGUAUAACAGCCCCUCUUCAAGGUGCGUUGAAUGCGAUGAUUUUUGGUGCUGACAAGGAAACAAUCAGUCAACUCACCUGGCCUGGUAUAAAGAUGGCUUUCCAAUCAAGGUUUCGGAGAAAAGCAUUGAUUAGAGAGUAUGUGAUAGAAGAGGACAUAACAGUCCCUCCACCAGAUGGCAACACUGCCAGUACCAUAGAUGUCAUGGACACCCAUAUAUAA